AUGAAUUAUACAUUUAUCGUAGCUUCGGUACAUUCGGCAAACUUUGUUUUCCAAUUCAAUACAAUGGGAAGUUUUAUUUUCUUUUUUACGAUUCAGUUAAAAGUGUUGGCAGUACGAAAAAGUACAAAAUAUAACUUGACUGCUGUCACAUAUAGCUUAAUCGUAUGCAAAGAUGAAACUUGA